AUGGAUCAGCGCCAGAACGAUCACAACCGGGGCUACCAGACUCUUCUUUCGCAAAAGUACAAGGAAGAAGAUACGGCGCCAGAUCUCAAGGAGGGCUACUACGUUGGUCCUGAGCUAUCUUGGGACCACCCGCAAGUUGUGGCUGGGAAGUUCGCCCACGGGCCGAACUACUGGCCCGAAAGCCUGGGACAAGGUUUCCAGGAUGUCUGCAUGGACUACCUUGAGCAACUCAACUUCCUCAGUGUUGAAGUGCUGCGAGCUGUCUCCAUGUCGGUAGACGGCAAUGUCGAAGAGACCAAUGAGUUCAUCAAGCACUUCACUGAAGGGCCCAUCACCUACUUCAAGAUGAACCAUUACCCGAAGCCACCCCGGAUGGACGACAUCGGCCAGAAGGGCCACGGCGAGCACAAAGACUUCGGCUUUGUCACUCUCCUCCUGCAAGACGGCAACCCCGGUCUCGAAGUCUGGGACGCGCCGUCUGAGUCCUGGAUCGACGUGCCGCCUACGGAAGGCGCCUUUGUUGUCAACCUUGGCAAUCUGCUCGAACGCUGGACCAACCGCAAGUACCUUUCGAACGUACAUCGGGUACUCAACUUCUCUGGUACUGACCGCCACUCUAUUGCGCACUUGUACCACGUAAGUUCAACUACCAAGAUUCAGGAAGUGAGGCAGCCGCUAACGAUUCGUAGGGCAACCCUGACUACAUGA